AUUACAUUUCAACCGUCGAUAGUUAUAAGUUAAAAUGAGCGGCCUAGAUGUUAAAACCCUUAAUAAACCCGCGUAUCAUAUCAAUCAUAUCUGUUUUCCCUUGGUAGAAGAAGGAUUGAGAAGGAGGCUGCCUUGCCUUCGUUGAAUUUGCCUCCUUCCUUCCUCCAUUACUGCAACUGGAAAUCUCAACAAGAACAACCCAACCCAAGCUUUAAGAAUGUCAAUUUAGGAUUUUGGAGCUUCAAUUUAGGAUUUUGAAGGUUUAUCUUUUUGCUGAGGAUGAUGAGCACCCUUCAGAUUACUUCCUGCCAACCUUGCAACUACUUCAGAAACACAUCUCAAUCUCUCCGCCUCUCUUCGAAACCAACAGUAAUUCAGCACAAAUGCAUGGCCGUAUUGAAGAACAAGCAAUGGAGGGCUGUAUCUAAGUACCACCAAUCUGCUGGACCUGUCUGCUUAUUGGGUGGCAAGGGAAAGAAUGAAAGUGGUGGUGGUGAUGAGGGUUCCCCCUGGAAGGCUCUUGAGAAAGCAAUGGGUAAUUUGAAGAAGGAAGGUUCAAUAGAGGAUGUAUUACGUCAGCAGAUUGAAAAGAAGGAAUUCUAUGAAGAGAGAGGCGGCGGCGGCAGUGGCGGGGGCGGCGGCAGCAGUGGUGAUGGUGUAGGUGGCUCUGGUGGAUCCGAGGAUGAAGGCCUUGAUGGAAUCUUGGAUGAAACACUGCAAGUAAUUCUAGCAACCAUUGGAUUUAUUUUUCUGUAUUUUUACAUCAUCAGUGGCGAGGAGUGGACUCGGCUAGCAAAGGACUACCUCAAGUUUGUGUUUUCAGGGUCCAAGAGUAUUCGUUUGAAUCGUGCCAUGUACAAAUGGGGAAGGUUCUACAAGCAGCUGACUGAGAAGAAGCAGUAUGAUAAAUUCUGGUUGGAAAAGGCCAUAAUCACUACCCCAACUUGGUGGGAUAGCCCUGAAAAGUACCGCCAUAUCGUUAGAUCUAAUUUAGCAUCAGAUUCAGAUGACUAAUCCAAGUCGCAUUGUAUAACCCUUCCCUCUUCCGUGUGCCAUUUCCUUUUUAUUUUGGAGGAUUGUAUAAGUUCCCAGUUCUUUUCUUCUUUUUUUGGGUAUGAGUUUUCCAGUUUAAAGCCUACAUUUUAUUGC